GAUCUGACACUUUCACGCUGCUCUUUGCAACUUCUGGUUCUCUUUUUUUGGAAUUUCUUUUUAACCUCCCCUCGCCUCCUCUCACGCUUGGACACCGGUGGCUUCUCCCUCCGCUGGCCACAAUCCUUGUGUUUAUUGAGCUUUUUCUAGGAAAAUCCAGUGUUGUCUCGGGAGGGAAAAAGAGAAAAGAAACAAACCCCAGUUCUUGCUAAUCUCUUGCGUUUCCAGCUGCUGACCCCUUGCAUGUGACCGGAGUUGGGCUGGAAAGUUUCUUCGGAGGAAAGAGAAAGGAUUUGGCCAGCGGGGAACGGCAAAACUGGAGAAGGAGCUACCCUCCAUCCUGGUUUUGCUUUGGCCUGGCGGAUGCUCAGGGUGGUUUUGGGCUGGCACGGGCUGCGGCUCCUCUCCAGGAUGUGUUUCGCUGUAUGCCCGAGGCCACCAAGCUGCAGCGCCAGCAUCACCGGCAGACGCUGCUCCCGGCUGGUCCGGCUCCGCCGUGCCACAGAUCGGUGCAGGAUGGGGACCAGUGAGCCGCUGGGAAGGGGAAGAGAGGACGGCCUCGCGGAUCCCGCCGAGCUCCUGCCUGCUCUGCCUGGACCGAGAGGACAGACCGAGCAGGAGGUUUUGGAGGAAGAAAAAAGUCGUCCCGUUUUCCCGGCCGGCAUUUGUGUGAGCAUUAAGCUUGUGGCAUCCCCCUUUCCUGGGGCUGGGAUGGUUGAGUUGAAGGCGUUGGAGGUUCCCCAAGUGACCAGCGGCAGCCGCGAUGAGAGCUCCGGCCCUCGCCUGAUGCCUCUCCUGCUGAUAAAAAUGCUCAACAAGUCUCGAGGGAAGAUACUCGGGGUGCUGGCGCUGUUUCUGGUGAUGGUUUGGUACUCGAUCUACCGGGAAGACAGCUUUUAUUUCCCCGUGCAAGAAAACAAAACGACUUGUCCCCUCGGGGAGGUGGAAAAGAAAGCGUCGCAGCUCAUUGGGAACUACACGAGGGACCACCCGCUCUUCUUGCAGCUGAAGGAUUACUUCUGGGUGAAGACGCCGUCGCUCUACGAGCUGCCCUACGGCACAAAGGGGAGCGAAGACGUCCUCCUGCGCUUGCUGUCUAUCACCCACUACUCCCUGCCUGAGAGCAUCCAGAAGGUAACUCUGGUGCCGGAGGGUGCGCGGGUGGUGGGCAACGGCCACCGGCUCCGCAACAGCUCCAUGGGGGAGACCAUCAACACGUACGAUGUUGUGAUCAGGUUGAACAACGCCCCGGUCCACGGUUAUGAGCAGGACGUGGGUUCCAAGACCACCAUGCGCCUCUUCUACCCGGAGUCGGCCCACUUCAACCCCAAGACGGAGAACAACCCCGACACCUUGCUGGUGCUGGUGCCCUUCAAGCCCAUGGACUUCCAGUGGAUGGAGGCCAUCCUCAACGACAAGAAGAGGGUUCGGAAAGGGUUUUGGAAGCAGCCCCCAUUGAUCUGGGAUGCUAACCCGGAGCAAGUGCGCAUCCUCAACCCUUACUACAUGGAAGUAACUGCUGCUAAACUGCUCAACCUCCCCAUGAAGCAACCACGGAAGGUCAAACAGAAGCCCACAACGGGGUUGCUGGCCAUCACCUUGGCGCUGCACUUCUGUGACCUGGUGCACAGCGGCUUUGGCUACCCCGACUCGGCCAACAAGAAGCAGACCAUUCACUACUACGAACAGAUCACGCUCAAGUCCAUGGCGGCGUCGGAGCACAACGUCUCACACGAGGCAGUGGCCAUCAAGCGGAUGCUGGAGCUGGGUCUCGUCAAGAACCUCACCUACUUCUGAGGGGCAGGGGGGGCUGCGCAGGGACCGCGUCCCCCCAGCCGCGUGGGGGGACAAGCUGGCACGGCCGGAGCUGGCCGAGGGCACCGUCCUCACCGCCGCCACCACCUUGCCCCGGGACUCUUGGAGCCA